GAAAGCUCAGGCAGCGCAGGGUGAAUAAAAGCCUGAGUGGUGCAGUCCCCACGGAGGGGCAGGGCGGCCACAAGGUGGGCAGCACCUGGGACGGGCAUUGUGAGGCAUUGGGGGGGCUGUGGGGCUGGACAUUGUGAGUCACUAGCCUGACCUGGCUGUUUCCUGGCAACCAGGUGACAUAGGAAGCUUUAUGGGUUAUAGGCAUCAGCCAGGGCCAGCAGCCUUCAGUCGGUAGCUGGCAGUGGAGGGAGGAGGAGCUCCGACUGUGCUGACGGCAGUUUUUGUGCUGCUUGGCGCUUGUCGUGUUCGUUUAUUUUUCAAAGAAGACAGCAGGUCCCCAACCUCAUAGACCAGCUAGUUUGGGAGGUGGCGGCAGAGUAAGGGCUGAGGCCCCAGAUCUGCCUGGGGUAAGGCUGCUUCUAAAAGUGCAGGUCCACCCUCAGUAGUGUGGCUGCUAGGGCAGCACAGUUACAAUUUCAUUGAAGGCUCAGGCAGGAGUGGAGAGGCCCCAUGGGGAAUAUACUGAGCUGUUGUGGCAGCUCCAGCUGUGGCUGGCGCAAGCGGAAGGUGGCAUCCUGUGAUGAAUCUGAUAUUUAUGAGGCCGUGGCUGCUAAAUCAGAAUCCGCUGCUAUAGAGCCUGGCAAGCUGGAUGUGGGAGCCACGGAGGGCCAAGACCUGCAGCACAUCAGCAACCAAAAGACGCCCACAGGUUCUGUUCCGGACCUGGAGGAUUGUGCGCUUGAUAUUGUGGACAAGAUGUUACCUGAAAUGGUGAACUAUACAGCCCAAAAUUCCUACCGUACGUAUUUUUUUAUUAUUUUAAAAAAAGCUUUAUUGAGACAUAGUUGACAUGCAAAACAAUCCACCCAUUUAAAGUGGGUGACUCAGUGUUUUUACUAUAUUUACAGGGUUGUGCAACCAUUGUUACAAUCUUAUUUUAGAACCUUUUCAUUUCCCCUCAAACCUCGUAUCUGUUAGUGGUUACUCCUCUCUUUUCCCUAACCCCCACAACUCUGGCCCUAGGAAGCCACUCAUCUACUUUCUAUUGCUGUAGAUUUGCCUAUUCUGGCCAUUUCUCUUUUUUUUAACUUCUUUUUUUUUAAGUUCUGAGAUACAUGUGCAAGAUGUACAGGUUUGUUACAUAGGUAAAAGUGUGCCAUGGUGGUUUGGUUUGCUGCACCUGUCAACCCAUCACCUAGGUAUUAAUCCCUGCAUGCAUUAGCUGUUUAUCCAGAUGCUCUCCCUUCCCCUACCCCCUGACAGGCCCCAGUGUGUGUUGUUCCCCUCUCUAACACCAUUCGUAUUCUAAGACCAUUCCCUUGCUGAUGACAAAUCUAAGUGAUGGGUCGCAGGGGACUCUCUUGCCUGUUUUUGUCUGGAGAGCCUGCCUGGCUUCAGGUUCCUGAUAGGAGUGAGGACCUGGAGUGCAGUGUGAGAAACAGAUGGCUCAGUGAAGAACUGUCAUCAUCCACUAGAGUCCCUGGAAACAGCCAUAUCACUUAGAUGUUGUGGGUUUGUGUGCA